ACCCAUUCCCCCUCUUCCUCCUCUCCUUUCCUCCAUCUACAGCAAGCUCCGACCUUUCCUCCUCGGCGGCCUUGAUGGACAACCAUGCCAGAUUGAAGGCCGCGAUUGCCUCUGCGCCGGGGUAAUCGGGACCAUGCUGAUGAGCACUACGACCGCCGCUGUUGUGUCAAAGUCGAAGGUCAGUCCGUUUCUAUGGACUCUAGCUGGGAACCCUACCUUCGUGUCGGGCCUUGUCGCCUGGGCGCUUGCGCAGUCUCUGAAGGUGUUUCUUAACUUCUUCGUGGAGAGAAGGUGGGAUUUUGCGAUGUUGUUUAAUUCCGGCGGGAUGCCAUCGUCUCACUCGGCCUUGUGUAUGGCGUUGACCUCGUCUGUGGCUCUGUGUCAUGGGGUGAGCGAUUCACUGUUUCCGGUGUGCCUUGGGUUUAGUCUUAUUGUCAUGUACGAUGCCAUUGGUGUGCGGCGGCAUGCUGGCAUGCAGGCUGAGGUUCUCAACAAGAUAAUUGAUGAUUUAUUCCAAGGGCAUCCUAUCAGCCAAAGAAAGCUUAAGGAGCUUUUAGGUCAUACUCCAUCACAAGUUAUUGCUGGAGCUCUUCUGGGAAUCUUAGUCGCGUGUUUCUGCUGUCAAGGCAUUGUUCCCAUUUAAUAUUCUGCUGAGUUUAUGGGGAGCGGCAUGUAUUCUUCCACAAUUUUCUGUGUUAGUGAAUCAUUUCCUUGGAAAGUUCUCGGCUGCCUCAAAUUUUACA